AUGAAUGUAUUUUUUUACGGAUAUGUUCAUGCGAAGACAAACUUGAAAGAGUUUGUCAACCAAUUUGACAAUGCCUUGAGAAAGAAAAUCGAGAAUGAAAUCAGCUCGGAGUUCCAAUCUUUUAGCGUUACAAUUCCAUGCAUAUCUAGAUCUCCAAUCGAAAAGAGAUUCCAACAGUUGUACACGAACGCAAAAUUUAGAGAAGUGCAGGAGCAAGUUAUGGGUCUAGUCGAUAUGGACCCAUCUCUACUUAGACGAGAUGGUGUGAAGAAGACCUAUCUGGUAGAAGAUGAAGUUCUAGUUGAGGAGUUCACUAAACAUGUUACAUAUUACGUGGACUUUAAUGAGGAAGACUGCGAUGUUAAGUGUUCUUCGGGUUCAAAAGAACAUACUGAAAAUGCAACAGCAAAGUUGUAUUCAAUGAUUGAGUUAUAUGGUGACACCCAAGAACCCCCUUCAAUUCCCAAACCGGCUUUUAAUGUUGGUGGUACAUCAAAGAACAAAACUGACGUAGCAAGUGAAAAAAAAGUACUCAGUCCACGAGUUGUGCGCAAAAAAGGCAGACCCCCAUCUCUGAGAAGAGCGUCCAAGAUGGAGCAAGACAUGCGCAAAUUUAAACAAAGGACUAAUAAAGCAACUGUAAAGGGAAAAUGUAAAGAGCGAGAUGGAAGCCCACUGCCAACCCAAAACACGUGUAGAAAUUUAUUUGGGCUAUCAGAGAUAGCUAUUAAUGAAGUUGAAAAUGUCCAGGAGUAUUGGCCAUAUUAG